CGCUAGAACGGCAACCGGCGGGAGUUUUUCAAAAUGGGAGCGCGGAGGCGCCGCCCAGGCCUCGGAAGGUGCCCGGGAGACCUUUCGGUGGCUGUGGUGCCGUCGCCGGGAGCGGCGGCCUAGAGAGCCGAGCCUGAUGGACGCCAAGACACGCUGCCUACUUGGAGCGCUGCCUCGAAAGGACUGCGUGAAGGGAGUUAAUCCGGGGAGCACGGGCCGCGGCCUGGAAAUAUGGCGACCUGCAUCGGGGAGAAGAUCGAGGACUUUAAAGUUGGAAAUCUGCUUGGUAAAGGAUCAUUUGCCGGUGUCUAUAGAGCUGAGUCCAUUCACACUGGUUUGGAAGUUGCAAUCAAAAUGAUAGAUAAGAAAGCCAUGUACAAAGCUGGAAUGGUACAGAGAGUCCAAAAUGAGGUGAAAAUACAUUGCCAAUUGAAACAUCCUUCUAUCUUGGAGCUGUAUAACUAUUUUGAAGAUAACAAUUAUGUGUACCUAGUAUUAGAAAUGUGCCAUAAUGGAGAAAUGAACAGGUAUCUAAAAAACAGAAGAAAACCAUUCUCAGAAAAUGAAGCUCGACACUUCAUGCACCAGAUCAUCACAGGAAUGCUGUAUCUCCAUUCUCAUGGUAUAUUACACCGGGACCUUACACUUUCUAACCUCUUACUUACACGUAAUAUGAACAUCAAGAUCGCUGAUUUUGGGCUGGCCACUCAAUUGAAAAUGCCACACGAAAAGCACUAUACUUUAUGUGGAACUCCUAAUUACAUUUCCCCAGAAAUUGCAACUCGAAGUGCACAUGGACUGGAAUCUGAUAUUUGGUCCUUGGGCUGUAUGUUUUAUACGUUACUUAUUGGAAGACCACCCUUUGACACUGACACCAUCAAGAACACGUUAAAUAAAGUUGUACUGGCAGAUUAUGAAAUGCCAACUUUUUUGUCAAGAGAAGCCAAGGACCUUAUUCACCAGUUACUUCGUAGAAAUCCAGCAGAUCGUUUAAGUCUGUCUUCAGUAUUAGACCAUCCUUUUAUGACCCGAAAUUCUUCAACAAAAAGUAAAGAUUUAGGAACUGUAGAAGACUCGAUUGAUAGUGGACAUGCCACAAUUUCUACUGCAAUUACAGCUUCUUCCAGUACCAGUAUGAGUGGUAGUUUAUUUGACAGAAGAAGACUUUUGAUUGACCAGCCACUCCCAAAUAAAAUGACUGUAUUUCCAAAGAAUAAAAAUUCAAGUGAUUUUUCUUCUUCAGGAGAUGGAAGCAGCCUUUAUACUCACUGGGGAAAUCACGAACAAGAAACCAGUAAUAGUGGAAGGGGAAGAGCAAUCCGAGAGGCAGAAGAAAGGCCACAUUCUCGAUACCUUCGUAGAGCCCAUUCCUCUGAUAGAUCUGGCAUCUCUAAUAGUCAGUCGCAAGCGAAAACGUAUACAAUGGAACGAUGUUACUCAGCAGAAAUGCUUUCAAAAUCCAAAAGAUCAGGAGUAGAUGAAAAUGAAGAAAGAUACUCAUCCACAAACAGCAAUGCUAAUAUUCUUCACUUCUUUAAAGAAAAGACAUCCAAUGGUUCUGGAUCUUUUGAAAGACCUGAUAACAAUCAAGCACUCUCCAAUCAGCUUUGUCCAGGAAAAACUCCUUUUCCAUUUCCAGAUCAGACAGCUCAGACUGAAAUGGUGCAACAGUGGUUUGGGAAUCUGCAAAUAAAUGAUCCUUCUUCCGAACAAAGCAAGACGAGGAGUAUGGAGCCACCAUUGGGUUAUCAGAAACAUACAUUACGAAGCAUUACAUCUCCUUUGACUGCUUACAGGUUAAAACCAAUCAGACAGAAAACAAAGAAGGCUGUGGUGAGCAUACUUGAUUCAGAGGAGGUAUGUGUGGAGCUUCUAAAGGAGUAUGCAUCUCAAGAAUAUGUGAAAGAAGUUCUUCAAAUAUCUAGUGAUGGAAAUAUGAUCACUAUUUAUUAUCCAAAUGACGGAAGAGGUUUUCCUCUUGCAGAUAGACCGCCCUCACCUACUGACAACAUCAGUAGGUACAGUUUUGACAAUUUACCAGAAAAGUACUGGCGAAAAUAUCAAUAUGCUUCCAGAUUUGUGCAGCUUGUAAGAUCUAAGUCUCCCAAAAUCACUUAUUUUACAAGAUAUGCUAAAUGUGUUUUGAUGGAGAAUUCCCCUGGUGCUGAUUUUGAGGUUUGGUUUUAUGAUGGAGCAAAGAUACACAAAACAGAAGAUUUAAUUCAGGUGAUCGAAAAGACUGGCAAAUCUUACACCUUAAAAGGUGAAAGUGAAGUUAAUAGCUUGAAAGAGGAAAUAAAAAUGUAUAUGAACCAUGCUAAUGAGGGCCACCGUAUUUGUUUAGCACUGGAAUCCAUAAUUUCAGAAGAGGAAAAGAAGAGUGGAAGUGCUCCCUUUUUCCCAAUAAUCGUAGGAAGAAAACCUAGUAGUACUAGUUCACCUAAGGCCUUAACACCUCCUCCUUCUGUGGAUCCAAACUAUCCAGUGAGAGAGAUACCAUCUCUGAAUAGAAUGAUCAUAAAUAGUGCAGCUUCUCCAAAACAGGCACCAAUACUUAAUCCUUCUAUGGUUACAAAUGAAGGACUUGGCCUUGCAGGUGCAGCUUCUGGAACUAACAGCUCUCCUAGCAGUCUAAAAGAUUGUCUCCCUAAAUCAGCACAACUUUUCAAGUCUGUUUUUGUGAAAAAUGUUGGUUGGGCUACACAGUUAACUAGUGGAGCUGUGUGGGUUCAGUUUAAUGAUGGGUCCCAGUUGGUCGUGCAAGCAGGAGUGUCUUCUAUUAGUUAUACAUCUCCAGAUGGUCAGACAACUAGGUAUGGAGAAAAUGAAAAAUUACCAGAAUACAUCAGACAGAAAUUACAGUGUCUUUCUUCCAUCCUUUUGAUGUUUUCUAAUCCAACUCAUAGUCUUCAUUGAUUAAAGCUCCUUUUAGAUAUAUAUAUGAUUAAUAAAUAACGUUUUUGUUGGCUUUCAAGUAAAGUGACUUUUUUCAUUUUAAAAAACUUCUUCAGAAAGCCUUUCUAUAAAAGAGAAUUUUAAUCUAUAUCAUAACGAUGUGUGAAACUUGAGUCACUUACAAAAUGUAGUGGUCGUAGACUAAAAUACGACAACUUUGAUCUUAGAACAUAUACUCCUAAAAUUACUGUGUUCAUAUAUUUGUAUUGAACAAUCUUUUAAAGCAAAAAUAUAAAUGGUGUGUGGUAUAUUUGUGCUUUUAUUUUUUUCCCUACUUCUUAGACAUGUUAAGAAUCGUGGACAAAACAUGCUGGAGUUUCUGAAUUUUGAACAUGUAAAUAAUGUGUAUUUAUGUUACAAGUAACAAUGUAAACAUGUAUAUUUGUUUUAUAUUUAUUUUUGUAGCACUAGUUUGUGAUGAAACAUUUCUGAAAAUGCAUUUUAUUAAAAAAAAAUAAAUAGUG